AUGGCGGCACUGCAAAUCAACUUAAGACCCUUUACACCCCAGGUCCAACACUUGCGAGCCAAAUCCAUCAUCGACCAUGUCAGUAGACCAGCUAAAAUUCGCUGCUCCGCCACCCCUCCCACAAAAAGCUACAACAUCACUCUACUUCCCGGCGAUGGAAUUGGUCCCGAAGUCAUCUCCGUCGCCAAGCACGCCCUCAAACUCGCUGGAUCUCUCGAAGGUACAUCAAACCCUUAUCUCAAAAUCCCACCUUUAUUUUCCGUUUUGGUAGUAGAAAGAGACGAAAAGGAAAAGAAAAUUUUUAGUGAAAAACAGUUUGAAUGGUGUACGGUGUACCUUAUUCUGUUUUUGAGGUCAUAG